UGCAUCUCAUAAUAGCUCUCGCGAGAUUUCCCUGAGCCUCACAGCACGCGCAGCCAGGAGCGUCUAUGGAGCGAGCGAGAGACGGAGCAACCUAACCUGGCGCGUGUACUGUAGCGGGAGACGCGGGGUGAGAGAAGGUACCAUGUCUGUGACGUCAGGAGCUGUCCUGAAAGUCGUCAACUCGCUGUGUUGGCGUGCCAGAAGCUGAGAAUCGGAGGCAAGGAACUACCGCAGCCUUUUCGCGGUUAGUCCCAUCAUACAGUCCCCUUUCGAGACAACACUCUUGUAAUGACUACUUGAGAGCGUUCUCUAUCUGUAGGCGUGGUUCUCCGACUUUUCCGUCCAUCCAUGCUCCAUUCGAGCUUUUAAGGAGGACGCGCACAUACUCAGGGAAGCUGCGAGGCGAGGGGAGCCCAUUGGUCUCCCUACCAACGCCAGCGCCAGGCUGAGUCACUGUCGAGGAGUGGGAAGAUCUAGAGAGGAAGAGAGAGACAGCACCACGGAGAGAGAAAAUCAACGGAAGGAGGAAAAAUCUGCUAUACCGUGAGGCAGCCAACGAGCAAAACAACAGAGCGAGAGAGCAGUGAGGGAGGGAGAGAGACUCUGAGGCUGGGAGAGCUGACCCCCCCCCCCCACUCCUUCAGGAGCUGGUGCGUACUAGCAGCGAGUGCAGUGUGACUGAGCCAACAUGAGCGAUGUCACCAUCGUUAAAGAAGGCUGGGUGCAGAAGAGGGGUGAAUAUAUUAAGAAUUGGAGACCUCGCUACUUCCUCCUGAAAACCGAUGGAUCAUUUAUUGGAUACAAGGAGAAGCCACAAGAUGCAGAUCUACCUUACCCUCUCAAUAACUUCUCGGUUGCAAAAUGCCAGUUGAUGAAAACAGAACGACCAAAGCCGAACACUUUUAUUAUUAGAUGUCUACAGUGGACUACAGUCAUAGAGAGGACAUUCCAUGUGGACACGCCAGAAGAGAGGGAUGAGUGGGCAGAGGCGAUCCAGAUGGUGGCAGACAAACUCCAAAGACAGGAAGAGGAACGUAUCCAGUGUAGUCCCACCUCACAGAUAGACAACAUGGGAGAGGAGGAGAUGGACACAUCUAUCAGUCACCACAAACGCAAGACAAUGAAUGACUUUGACUACUUAAAAUUAUUGGGAAAAGGCACUUUUGGUAAAGUCAUUCUUGUAAGGGAGAAGGCCAACGGGAAAUAUUAUGCAAUGAAAAUUUUAAAGAAAGAGGUUAUUAUAGCAAAGGAUGAAGUGGCCCACACGCUCACAGAGAGCAGAGUACUGAAAAACACAAGACACCCGUUUUUAACCUCUUUGAAGUAUUCAUUCCAAACAAAAGACCGCCUAUGUUUUGUGAUGGAAUACGUCAAUGGAGGAGAGCUGUUUUUCCAUUUGUCGAGAGAACGGGUGUUCUCGGAGGACCGCACACGCUUCUACGGCGCCGAGAUCGUUUCCGCCCUCGACUACCUGCACUCUGCCAAGAUAGUGUACCGGGAUCUCAAGCUGGAGAACUUAAUGCUUGAUAAAGAUGGUCACAUAAAAAUUACAGACUUUGGCCUCUGCAAGGAAGGAAUCACUGAUGCUGCUACCAUGAAGACCUUCUGUGGGACGCCAGAGUAUCUGGCACCAGAGGUGCUGGAGGACAAUGAUUAUGGACGUGCGGUGGACUGGUGGGGUUUGGGUGUGGUCAUGUAUGAGAUGAUGUGUGGCCGACUGCCUUUUUACAAUCAGGACCAUGAGAAGCUCUUUGAGCUCAUCCUAAUGGAGGACAUCAAGUUCCCCAGAACGCUCUCUGCUGAUGCCAAGUCCCUGCUUUCAGGCCUGCUCAUCAAAGAUCCGAACAAGAGACUUGGUGGCGGUCCGGAUGACGCUAAGGAAAUUAUGCGACAUAGUUUCUUUACUGGAAUCGACUGGCAGGAUGUCUACGAUAAAAAGCUGAUACCUCCUUUCAAGCCUCAGGUGUCGUCAGAGACAGAUACCAGAUAUUUUGAUGAAGAGUUCACAGCUCAGACGAUAACAAUUACCCCGCCUGAAAAAUUUGAUGAAGAUGGGAUGGACUGCAUUGACAACGAGCGACGGCCACACUUUCCCCAGUUCUCCUACUCGGCCAGUGGGAGAGAGUGAACGCCAUGCAGCCGACACUGCCUCAAUCAUCAAGGUGUUACCACUGGAACAAAUUAGGUCUUCAGCUUCUAACAACUCCAGCCAUUUUGACCUUCCAUGUACCAUCUUGGUUCUUUCAUUUGUUUAGAUACACCAAGGGAAACUGUUCUGUUGUAGAGUAAUGGUAAUUUGCACUUUGGGACGGACCAAGGUCCAACCCAUUCAAAGUCCUCGCAGCACCAGCCUAAAGGUUGGGUUCUGAUGGGAGAACAUUUGCUGUUUGUUAGGAGUUUAUUUUUGUUUUGUUUUUUGUCUUAUUGUGUCUCUCUUUGAGAUUGAGAUGUUGCUUCACAUUCCUUAUACAUUGGGAACUGGUAUCAAGAUGUUCAUCAGAACCUUUUUUCAGUCAGUUCAGAUGAUAAAAUAUAACUGCAUGGCUUAAAAUUCACAUUGGUUUUAUGAUUACAUCUCUCGGUACACUUUACAAUAAUCGAAGCGGAACAAUGACUACUACAUAUCUCAGCUGCUUUUGUUGAUACUGUUUUUAAGGUUUACUUUCUGUUGUAUAAAGUCAAAACUGCCAUAUACAGUUUACUCAGGCUUCACAGAGGACAUCUGUGUUUGAAUCGGUCAUAAGGACUAGCUCUACCCACACACUCCUCAAUCAUUCCACAACUCAGUAUUCCUCAGUAUAAAGCCCUGUGAACCUGAGCUAUGCAGCAUUUAACACCACUAACAAUUACAUACAUUAUUUAUAAAUGUCAUGUUCUCUAAUUUGAGAAUGUCCUAUCUGCUUUUUCUUUCAAAUGUUUGUAUCCAUGUGAAAGGCUUUAUUUCUGACAUAUCAUUCUCUAAGAAGCAGUUUUCUGGCAUUACAUUGGAAAUAUAACGGCACAAUUGGCUCAUUUGGAAUACUUUAUGCAGCGUUACUGGGCAAUGAUACAAUAUUCACAGUUUAAGGGAAGCACUCCUAAUACAAUCGCACCGAUGUUCAGAUUUUUCUUUCACAACAAACCUAAUUUCCAAAAAGCCAAAUCUGCUUUAAGAACAUUUGUAAGAAACCCCUUCCACCCAUUGCUAAAUAGUGUAAUCGCAAAGUGGAAAAUGAAAAAUCCAGCAAUAAUGGAGCAAAUGGCAGAGGAAGCACUAUUAUGUUGUUUUAUAAUAAGAAAAAAUGUGACUUAAAACAUUUAAUUUAUUUGUUAUUUUGUUUGUCCUUGCAUUCAUUAAGAAUGCUUUCUAAGUCUCCUUUUUGCAGAAAUUAUAAGAAUGCACCUAAAAGGCUAACGAAUGUAUAUGGGUCAAUGCAAAAGCCUUAGUUUGUUUUUGUUUUGAUAAAAUUGACCAGCUUUCUUUUAUGCCAGUGUAGUAUUGUUUUCUUGUUCCCACAAAGGAGUUUCAGAACCCUCCUCAACACUGUAACCAGUCUCAGUAUUGUUGAAAUGUUUUGGUCAUUUUUCCAACAAUGAAAGGGCUGUUAAAAAAAAAAAAAAAUGACACUCCCAGCAACAAACUAAACGAUUACCUACAGCUGUCAUUUGGCAAUAGGCUACUGUAUGUUCAACACUGUAACAUAAGCAUGGCGGUGAGCAAGCCACACUCACUAUUGUGUUUUGCUUCGUGGCAUAUCAUUUGAUUUCAUGAAAUAACUUUUGAACAGAAUGCCACACAUUCUUGCUGUUGCUUCAAGAGGUAAACACAGUGAAUGAGAUGUCAAUGUUAAAAUGUUGUUUUGUGACAGUUACAUGCUGUUUCCCAAUACUUUCUAAUGCUUUGCUUCAUCUAACAUGUGAAAUAUAUGUUCGCAUUCCUUUCUACAACACUAUAUUAGUCCGCAAAUCAAAUAUAUCCAGGUGGUGGCAUCACAGAUCAGUAUACCAAUCAGAUAUUAGUAUAAAAAAUCCUCAGAUAAACAUUUAAGUACUAGGAUAUCUAUUUGAAUUACGAGCAAAGACUGAGGAUUUAACACCAUUUGAUGAUGCUUGAUGAAAAUAGUUUAGUGAAAAUAGAGGGAGGCAAUAUAUUAUAUGGAUAUAGAGAUUACAAUUCAGUAAUAAUUCUAUAUAUGCAGAACAUUUCUUAAUCUCUCAAUAGUGUUUGGCAAUAAAAUGUACUGUCUGUGAUGUUUGUUUCAUGAGUGCAGAGAUGGCUCUUGUGCGUGUUGCUAUUGCUUUUGGUUUGAGUACAUGUUAAAGUCCAGGCUGUGUGUACUGGUGGCUGUAUUUUUUUUCUCACACUAGUCUCUAGUGAUUUGUGCAGGAAUGGCAAAAACUACUUCAAUGUAUAUUUGGUAUUACUCAAGGAAGUUUAGCCAAGUUUGAAAGCUCCAUUAUGGGGUUAGGAUGAGCACAUUUAUAUUGAGGUGGGAUGAUAAUGGUAUGUAAUGAAAGAGGAAGGAGUAUUUGGUCCCGUUUUUGUAGGUCAUCUGUAGUCGGUUACAGUGGGACAACUGGUUUCUUGCAUGUGUGUUAAGGACUGUUGUGGAUCUGAUUAUUGUUGGUUAAAGAAUGAUUCAGAAAUGUUCUUUUGCUGAACGCCCGGAUAUAAUUUAGCUUUCCGCCAAAAACCCUAAUGCCUGCAUUGAUUGUCAGCAUUGUGAACUGUCUACAAGUGUAAUGUGAGAUUCCGUAGCAUGGUACUGUUGCCCUAUUAACAGAUUUGUUAAGUCCCAAAAAUAGUCCAGCUUAAGGAUGUUCCUGCAUUCAAACUGUGAUGUCUCACCCAAUAAUGUUCUCUGACAACACAGUGGUACUGCAAGCAGAUUAGCUGUUUAUGUCAUGCUCUGUCUUCCAACAUGUACACUUUCCUUUAGAUCAUUCUUUAUCCAUUCCAUUGCUUCUUUUUUGCAACUUCAUGAGUGAAUGCAACUUCCUGAUUUGAUUUAAUAGGCAUUUACUGCUGAAAGUGUUAUUUUUAAAUGUUGUUCAAUUCAAUCAGUUUUUGUUUUAUUUAUUUAUAAGUGAAUAACUUGAAUAUUUGUGAACUUUUUUUUUUUUUUGGUCUUAUUUUCCAUCUGGUUAGGUAUCUUUUUCAAUUGAAAUUAGGAAUUGGUGGAAUUUUUUUUUUUUUUUUGUAAACCUUUUCUUUUUGUGGUUGUAUGGACACAUUGGGAUUAUUCAGUCAUACUGUGACCGCUGUUUAUCCAUUUCAUUAACUUAAAUAUGCACCAAUGAGUCCUGAGCUUUUCCUCAAAGCAUUGAGAGGCAGAUAAAUGUUCAUAGGGAUGGUACCUUGCAUGUUAAAGACUAUUAUUGGUUAUACAGAAUUCCUUGUUUAAAUGGAAGAAAGGGCCUUUGGCUUUGGCCAAAUCAGUCAUACACUUUUGUAAUUCCAUAUAUUAACACUCCGCUAUGUAUCUGCCUGUAUUAGCACUUUCAUACCCAUUGCCCUUUUUAUAUAGCUCAGCAAAAAGAAAACCGGUCCCUGCUUUAGAAAAAAAAAUGAAUAAAGAGAGAAAAAAGAAAAUAUUUGAAAGCACAGAUUCGCCCUUCAUGGACCUCAUGCUAUUUUCUGUUAAGUAAUUUUGAUAUGUUAAGGUGUAAAUGUAGACCUGAAAUGCUGCCAGGAGGCAAAACCUGGCGACACAGUGACAUGCUCUUGUAUUGUAGAAAAGCUGAGCUGUACCAAUGUCACCACUUAAAAAGUUUUAAAGGGGUCAUGACAUGGGUUUUUUUAUUGUAUUAUUAUGUUCCCUUAGGUGCAAUUAUAGUAUUAAUAUUUUUUUUUUUAAGAAAAACUUUUAAAAUCUAGUGAUUUAAGACCUUUUCCCACCCUGUUUCUCAUCCUCUGAUUCAAACAGUCUGUUUUGGGGGCGUUUUCCAUUUAAGACUUCAGUGUUAACGCCCACUGUUAUGAUUGGCUAACGUCAGUGCCUAUGUAUCAAUUAUUGACGCUCCCAGCCAGAACAAUAUGCAAGUAAACUAAGUAAAAACACUGUGAUUAUUCAUAAUGAAUGAAAUUGCGCUUUAAAAAGUAGUUUAAAGUUUAAAAUAGAUUACUUACAGUUUGCGUCGUCGUUGUUCCCAGAAUA